CCGAAUACUUCUCAUAUUCGAAAAUAAUUCAAAACUAUUUCAUUAAAGAUAAGCAAAAUUAUUGUGUUUUAGUUUUGGUAAAUAUUGAAAUCAUGUAUCGAAAAUACAAAUCAAAUAACAAGUCCCAAAAAACCUCCAAAUCAGCAAAUAAGGCUAAAAAAGCUCAGAAGAAGGGAUCUUCUUCAGAAAUAACUACUUCCAAUGAGAGCACAAACGAAGCUUCAAAUAACAAUGAUAUUACAAAACAAUCGCUCUACAACCGCGUUUUGCGUGAACACGUUCUGGUGGAAGUCGGGGAUGAAAGCUUUGACUGUUUCUUAAAGAUACUGGCAGCAAAUUCAGAUUUUUUUAAAUCCCGCCGAAAAGACAGAUUUGUCGUUUUACCACUGGAUAAAAUUAAACCUAAUACAUUCCAAUUUUUGUAUGAUUGGAUGUUACAUAUCAAACCAGUGAAUUGGGAAGUUAUGGAACUCGGUGAAUUAUUUCGUGCGGCUAACUAUUUGGGUAUGACGGAACUCUACAAAUUAUGUCUCGCCCGAGUGCUAAACUCUGGCACACCUUUAUUCAUAAAGUCAUUGCACUAUGAGCUGACUGCAGCGGAAGUUAAAAUGUUAGAAGAUAAUUUUCAGAUGUUUCUUCAUAUGGAUACAAGCAUUCAAGCUCAUAAAUUGUCAUUGCCGGAUAUUGUUAAGAUAUUAGACCAGAGAAAAUUCGGCGCUACUUCUGAAUUAGAAAAAUUCAUGUUCGUCAUAAGCUGGGUCUCACAUGAUUGGGCAAACAGAGAGUUGUAUCUCACAGCACUAUCUGGUCGAGUAAAUUUCAAUGAAUUACCACCAUGGUUGUGGGCACUCAGGGGCACUGCAAAUUGUCCACAGCUGGAACGAGCAUUAACAAAUCCAAUUGUAAAUGGGAAAGCAAAGGCAGCCAGGAAAUAUCAUAUAUCUCAACUGGUUCCGCCAUCUCAAUUAAAUGAAAUUAUUAAUGGUGAUGGUGAUGACGAUAUAAACACAAUUGAAUCCACAACUGCUUGAAUUCUUUAAUCACGGCUGUUUUAUUUGAAUUUUUAUUAUAGAAAAAUUGUAUGUUACAAGUUGCAUUCAUAUAUAAAACUUAAAUUACACAAAUAUUUACCAUAACGGAGAUUAUGUUCUCAAGGUUGAUUGUUCUUCUCUAUAUAAAAUUAAGAAGGGUAAAUAUAAAUCGCACUAGUCGGUAAAAUGUGGUACAGUAUAUAUCAUAUACUUUUAAAAAUAACACUAGCAUUAAUAAAAUG